GUAGAAAAAACAACAAGCAGUGUGUCAUAAAAAAACAUAAACGUGAGGGGGUCUCUUCUUUUCACCCGCAAAAAACCUACCCCUGUCGCCUGCGAAUCACAACUUCGCCUCAAAUUCUGAUCUAUUCGCAACGAAGCCGAGCGAUAAAUCGAAUCGCAUGAUCGAUCUGAUCUGAGGCGAUAGAAUCAGAUUUUAUGAGCGAUGUUCAGUGAUCGGCGGAAGCGGGAUAUGGCCACCAAUCACGGUGGAUACCUGAACAACAACAACAAGCCUUCUUAUGGAAGAGGCGGCGGCGGAGGAAGUAUGGUGGUUCUUUCUCGGCCGAGAAGCUCGCAAAAUGCUGGGCAGAAGCUAUCAGUACCACCUCCACUGAACCUUCCUUCACUCCGUAAGGAGCAUGAGCGCGUUGAUUCAUCCGGUUCCAGCUUUCUCUCCGGAGGUGGAGUCUCUGGGAGUGGAGCUAGACCAGCUUCCUCCGGGAUGGGAUGGAGUAAGCCUGCUUCUGACCGUGUCGAAGAACCGUUGAUACGGGCUGUAGAGAAAGUUUCGACCUUGAGGGGUGAAGAUUUUCCAUCUCUCAAGGCCUCUCUACCUUCAGCUUCUUCAGUGUCUGAGACACAGAAACAUAAAGAUGGUCUGAAUCAGAAUCAGAAUCAGAAACAGAAUCAGAAGCGAGAAGAGUUUCCGAAAGAGAACAGAGCUGUGAGACCUCAGAACCGGUUCUUAGGUAAUGAAGAGUUGAGCGAGAGACCUAGUUUUUCAGAUGGGGUGAAGAAAAAGGAUUACCUUCUUCCAGGCCCAUUGCCUAUUGUUCGUAUGUCCCCGCGGUCCGAUUGGGCUGACGAUGAGCGCGACACUAGUCACGGCUUCAGAGAUAGAGAUUACGGCUAUUCAAAGAGUGAACCAGUAGUAGUAAGGGAGGCCAAUGCUUGGAGAGCCUCCUCACCUCUCCAAAACGAAGUUGCAAAUAACAAUAAUAAUAAUAACAAUAGAGGUAUUUACGGAGCAAGGCCGAAUAGUAGAGGCAGAGAAGGUCUUAAGAAAAGUAACUACGUCUUGUCAGGACCAAGAGAUAAUGUUUGGAAUAGCUCCGGAGCUAGAGAGGCUCAUGGAGGAGGAAGGCAACCAUGGAGUAAUAACAAUGGAGUUGAUCAUCAGAAUAGAGAUAAACGCCCUUUAUUCAAGAACGACAAACCUCAUGUGGAAGAUCAUUUCGGCGACUCUGGAUUCGAUGUCCACGAUCCUUUCCCGGUACUUGGCGUUGCCAAAAAGAAGAAAGAGGCUUUGAAGCAUUCGGAGUUCCACGACCCCGUCCGGGAGUCAUUCGAGGCUGAGCUCGAGCGGGUUCAGAAGAUGCAGGAAGAGGAGCGCCGGAGAAUCAUCGAGGAGCAGGAGAGGGUGAUCGAGCUAGUUAGAACUGAAGAAGAGGAGAGGCUGCGGCUGGCUCGGGAGCAAGACGAGCAGCAGAGCAGGUUAGAGGAAGAGGCCAGAGAAGCCGCCGUUAGAAACGAGCAGGAGAGGCUAGAAGCCGCGAGGAGGGCGGAGGAGCUGAGGAAGUCGAAAGAAGAGGAGAAGCAUAAGCUGAUCUUGGAGGAGGAGAGGAGGAAGCAGGCUGCCAAGCAGAAGCUUCUAGAGUUGGAAGAGAAGAUCUCGAGGAGACAAGCCGAAGCCGCCAAAGGAUGCAGCAACUCUUCAGAGGAUGUUGUUAAAGAGAAAGAGUCUUCAGAUGUUGAUUGGGAAGACAGCGAGAGGAUGGUGGAUAGGAUCACUACUUCAUCAGCUUCUAGAGACGGCUCCUUUGGGUUCCAGGAUAGGCACAAGCCCUUUUGGAGAAAGGAAGAUGUAGAGAGUGGUGGCAACUCGAGGUUUAUUGAGAAUGUUCCGCAGAGAGAUGUAGGUGAAGGUUUCCCCAAGGAGUUCUUUGGGACAGCUGGAUACAUCGGCAAUGCAAAUUCCUACUUCAAACCUGGAUUCCCCGAGCAUUCAGUUGAUCAGAGCUGGAGAACUCCUGGAGACGGAAGAUCCUACGGUAGAAACUACGGGAUGGAACAACCAGAACCAGAGCAGCAGCAGUAUGGUAAUAACCCCGGGUGGGGACAAAGCCAGAGCCGUGGACGCCGCGGUGGUGCAUACCCUUCUUAUCCGGAGAAGCUGUAUCCGAAUCAUGAGGAGGAUGAUUACUACCCUUUUGGAAGACCAAAGUAUUCAGUCAGGCAGCCACGUGUACUCCCCCCUCCUCCGCAGGAGUCUAGGCAGAAGCUGCCCUUCAGAAGCGAGGCUGAGCACCAUCCUGGCCCCUCGACGUCUGUUCUCGCCAGCUAUAUUGGGGAUCUUCAAGACCAUCAUCAUGUGAUGUCGGGAACUGGUAUGGAUGAUCAUCGUUUCGAUAGCAAGCUGACCGGAAGAUGCGACUCUCAGUCUUCGCUUUCCAUCACCAGCACGCCUGAUUCACUUGUUCAUAUCUCUCAUGAUGAUUUGGACGAAUCAGGGAACUCAUCUGUGUUGGUAUCUUCCAGAAAGGGAGACGGUGAUGCUGGGAAGGAUAGUUUGAUGAAUGCUACGUGUCCUGUGUCUUGUUGGGAUAACGAAGAGUGGGCUCUUGACAACAACGAACGGUUGCAGGAGCAAGAAGAGUACGACGAAGAUGAAGAUGGGUACCAGGAGGAGGAUAAAGUCCAAGGAGUUGAUGAGAACAUUGAUCUUACACAAGAGCUUGAAGAACUGCAUCUCCAAGAGAAAGACUCUAACCUAGUCUUGGGCUUUAACGAAGGAGUCGAGGUUGAGAUACCUAGUGAUGACUUAGAAAAAUGUCAACAGAAAGACAGUUUCUUAGACGGUGAAAGACCUUGUAGCUGUGAUGAACAAGCCGCCAAACCUGCUGAAGUUUCUGAUAAUGCGUCUACGAGCUUUCAGGGUACUGAAACCAACUCAGCGAGUUACCCAACAGUUUCUACUCAUCUUGUGGCACCGCCUUACAGCAUUGGUCUGCACCAGUCACAUGUACCUUCUGCUUCAGCACAGAUGGAGGAUCGUGUUCAGUUUCAGUUUGGAUUGUUUUCUGGUCCAUCACUGAUACCUUCUCCUUUCCCUGCCAUACAGAUUGGUUCCAUCCAAAUGCCUCUUCCUCUUGAUCCUCAGUUCGGCUCCUCGCUUACUCAUAUCCAACAGCCUCAGUCACCAUUCAUUCAAUUUGGUCAGCUAGGAUACACAUCCCUAAUAACCCAAGGGGUACUCCCACCACCUCAAAAUCCUGGAUCCAUGGCCACUGGCCAGCUUGGUCAAGGUAGAAAUGCAGCAGCGCCUGCCUCAAACCCUCAGAUCAGUGUUCUUAGGAGACCAGUGGAUGUUUCUGAUGGGAACAAACUAAAGAAUGCCAAUAUCUCUCCAGCGAGCGGUGAGGUUGCUGUGCCGCCACCUCAUAAGCAAGGAGAGUUCUCUGGUAAGUCCGAACCAGCCUCGAGAAAAAUGAGCCAUGGAAGAUCAAAUUUUGCUGAUAGACAAACAGGAGGAGGCCAAGUAGUUAGUAGAAAUUCUGGCGGCACUGGUGAGGCUUCUCGGGGAGAUGCUGGUGGUUAUAGAAGAUAUCAACGUCAAAGGGUUGAGUUUAGGGUUCGGGAAUCAAACUGGCCUUCUGAGGAGAAUCGAAAUGGCAAUGGAAAGUCUCAAAAUUCUAACAAAAGUGGGAGUAGAAAGUAUGUUGUGUCCAAGUCCCAGAAGUAUUCCUCAGAUAGCUCAGUGUCUGGUUCGAAUUCUGUUCAGAAAGUUGAAGGUCCUAGUGAUGAUAAUGAUGAUGAUUUUAUUGAGGUGAGAUCGAAAAGACAAAUGCAUAAUGAUCGUCGUGAACAGAGAGAGAAAGAAAUAAAGGAAAAGUCCCAGGCGUCAAAGGCAUCCAGGAAACCUCGGUCAACUGUGCAGAACAGUACUGCUGCAGCCAGGUCCAACAGAAGUCCACCAGGUGGCAGGGUUGUGAACACUAAGCAGAUUAAUCCUGUCUCCAACAGACAUCUGUUAGCCCCAAUAGGCACACCUUCUCCUAAAACAGAUUCUCAUGGUGAUGAAAAAACUGGGAGCAGCAGGUACUUUCCUCUAUUUGAUCAAAUGUAUGAUCGUGUUUUGUGUUCACAGAGAUUAUCCCUGAUCAAAUGCGUUUGUGUUCACAGAGAUAUCCCUGAUCACAAUCCAGCGUCAAGUUUUGUAUUCAGCAACAAAAAUAAUGUUCAAACGUCUGUGGGGACUUGGAGCAACCAACUCACCGAUCAGCCGGUAAUGGCCCUAACCCAGAGUCAGCUUGAUGAAGCCAUGAAACCUGCGUCUCUUCUUUCAUGUGUUUCUGUUGAGAAUGGUGUCAACCGAAUUAGCGAGCCAAAUCCUAAAUCAACCUCCUCUGUCGCGCCGCAGAAGAACAAUACUUUUCCAAGCCCAGUAAACUCAUUACUUGCAGAAGGCAAAAUCCAAUUUGGGGCAGUUACAUCUUCUUCCUCUGUUAUUCCUCCUUGUGGUGAGAACAACAGUUCUUUAUACUUUGAAAAGGAUAGAGCCCCAUCAUCAUCCACUGGCAUGGAGAUUUGUGAAGCAGAAGCUGCUGCGUCAGCCAUUGCCGUUGCAGCCAUAACUAGUGAUGAAACCGGUGGGAGUACUGGUUCUGUAUUACCUGCUGAAACCAAAGUUUAUGGAGGAACAAGUGGUAAUAUUUACUUUAUGUUGUCUUUCUGCAUUUUCCCAAAUGGUUAUUUGUUGUCUGACAUAAUCUCUUACGCAUUGGCAGGCACUGUUGUGGCGCAGCCUAGUCUAUCAAAAGCUGAAGAGUCUCUCACUGUUUCUCUCCCAGCAGAUCUUUCAGUGGAAACGCCAAUCUCUCUGUGGCCACCAGUGCCAAGUCCACACAACUCAAACCAAAUGAUCAGUCACUUUCCUCAAGCCCCUCCUCAUUUCCCUUUCUAUGAUAUGAACCCCAUGUUGAGAGGACCUAUCUAUGCCUUUGGCCCACACCAUGACUCGGGAGCAAACCAACCACAGUCUCAGAAAGGUCCUUCCGGUCCACCUACGACGUGGCAGCAGCAGCAGGGUCAUUCGGGAGUAGAUUCCUUCUACGCUCCUGCCGGUUUCACUGGUCCUUUCCUAACUCCACCUGGUGCUAUACCUCCUGGAGUUCAGGGCCCUCACAUGUUUGUUUAUAACCACUUUGCACCCGUUGGACAGUUUGGAGGGUUGAGUUUCAUGGGCACAACUUACAUCCCGUCUGGGAAACAACCGGAUUGGAAGCACAACCCUAUGGUGUCUUCUUCUCAGGCUGGAGGAGAUGGUGGUGAUGUGAACAAUCCAAAUGUGUCUCCCAUGCAGUGUAACGUUGUGCCUGCUUCUCUUCAACACCUUGCUAUGCCUUCUCCUCUUGCCAUGUUUGAACCAUCCCCUUUCCAGUCUUCUUCUUCUCAGGAGAUGCCUGUUCGAGCACGGUGGCCUUAUAUGCCGUUUCCGGGCCCCCCAACAAUGCAAAUCCAGAAUCAGCAGGAAGCAGCAGUCGAUGGCUCACCAUCUCAGUUUAACAACAACAACAACAUGCUUCCUCCUCCCGCCAACAGAUAUCCAAACAUCCAAACACCCACGGUGGCAGAUGCAGUGGACUCCUCAAACUCUUACGGUUCUGCUUCACAACCAAAACCUAUCACCACCUUGUCCGAUCCCAACACUCAGAAUCCAGCUAAUCCUGCCUUCAAGCCAUCACGAACACCACAACAACAACAACAGCAACAAUCCUCCCAGGAGAAGAACACACAGUCUCAGCAUGUUGGUGGGUCCAGCCACCACAAUCAACAUCAACACCAGCAUAACAGAAGGUCAGGCUUCCAUGGGAGAAACCAGGCCGUAACUAGAGAGAGAGGCUACCAUAACAACACAAAGGUGAAGCAAAUUUAUGUGGCUAAGCAGAGUAGUAGUAACAGCAACAACGCAUCUGCCUCUGCCUCUUCCACCACAACCACUUCGCCUUCAAUAUGAUGGGUGGUCAUUAUCAUUAUCCAUAUGUCCGCUUAAGAUUAUAUGAACACAAGUCAAAUAACAUAAGCAGCUUUGGCUUCAUAAGGAGAUGUCCUUCUUUUUGUAUUUCUCAUUGGAUAAAAAUAGAUUUGUCUUAUUUGCUCUCGUUUGGGGUUUCGCUAUAUGGAACUUUGGUAUCAUUAGUUUUGAAUUUAUGUUUUGGGUGAAAUACCUUAUUCAUAGUUCCAAUGUUUUCCCCAUAAUAUAUAUCUCUUGUCAACAUUGUCUUGUAUUAUUUUUACAAAGCAGUAAACUCUUUUUAAUU